AUGCCUAUACCAUUUAUAGUGUAUCUAGCUAAUUUUUCACCUUCUGUAUUGCAUGAAUAUGUUGUUUCUAUUGGCAUUCAUAUAUGUAUACCAUUAAUUAUAUUACUUUGUUUCUUAAAAAAGUGUUUUUCUGGAGUGAACAACAAAACAGAUAGAAGAUUUAAUGGUAGUGUAUUUCUUAUUACAGGUGGAACUUCUGGAAUAGGUGCAGAAGUUACAAAAGAGUUAGCUGAGAGGGGUGCUCAUAUAAUUCUUUUAGUUAGAUCGAAUUCUGAUUCUUGGACAAUUGAUUAUGUUAAUGAUUUAAGGUCUCGAACUAAUAAUCAGAUGAUAUAUGCAGAAACUUGCAAUUUGUCUUCUUUGUAUUCUAUUAGACAAUUUGCUACUAAAUGGAUUAAUAAUGUUCCUCCAAGAAGACUUGACAUGGUAAUAUGUUGCGCUGGUGUUAUGUUGCCUCCAUUUAAGCCUAAGUUGGUUACCGAUGAUGGUGUUGAAUUGCAUUGGGGUAUUAAUUAUUUAGCACAUUUUCAUCUUUUAAACUUAAUUUCUCCGGCAUUACGAUCGCAGCCUCCUGGGAGAGAUGUUAGAGUACUGAUUACUAUUUGUUCUAUUUAUAUGUUAGGAGAUUUAGAUUUAACAGAUUUGGAGUUUCAUCGUAGAGGAUAUCCUUCAUCAUGUCCUUGGAAAUGUUUUGGAGCAUCAAAAAUUGCUCUCAUGAAUUUUGCAAUGGAGUUUCAGACUCGUUUGUCUAAUUAUAAAAGAUUAGAUGAAUUUCCAAAUAAUGUACGUUGUUAUGUUGUAGAUCCAGGUUUUGUAAGAUCUCAUAUGACUCUUCGUUUUUUGAGUUUUGGAAGUCUAUGGGGGCUUCUCUUGUACAUUUUUAUGUGGCCUUUAUGGUAUGUUGUUUUGAAAAGUUGUAAACAGGGUGCUCAAAGUUUGUUAUAUUGUCUAAUGAGUUCUGAGUGUGGAACUGGUCAGGGAGGAAAGUUAAUUGUUAAAUGUUCAUUAAGAGAUAUUGGGAUGAAAGGAUAUAUUAAUACAGAUAUUUCAAAUCGUUUAUGGAAAAUUACAGAGACAUAUAUUAUGGAUUUAGAAAAAAAAGAGGCAAUGAAACGUAAUAUCUUAAAAAAAAAAAAAAAGAAGUAAAAUUAGCAUAAAUCUAUUUUAGUAUU